AUGGCGGCUCUACCGUUGCCAGAUCUCAACCUUCCCAAAGGUGAUCAAGUCAUCAACGUUCAUGCCAUUGACACAACAACGACUCUAGUCUGUGAUGCUUUUGCUUUUAUUGAGCCUACACAGCCAGGUCAUGAGAAAAUUAACAUGAAGACCAUGUGCUUUCUGCUUGAGCACAAAACUUCGGAGGCUUCCGAAUACGUUCUAUUUGACUGUGGCUCUCGCAAAGACUUCUGGAAUGGCUCUCCUACAGCUAGUAGGAUGAUUGGCGGCCACGUGCCGGCGCUGGUAGUCGAAAAGGGUGUUGAUCAGAUCCUAGUAGAAGGCGGACUUGACCUCGCCCAGCUUAAGGCAUUAGUAUGGAGCCACUGGCAUUGGGACCAUAUUGGCGACGCCUCUAAGUUUCCAGCCACAGUUGACAUUGUCGUUGGACCUGGCUUCAGAGAGAAUUUCACUCCUGGCUACCCGGAAGAUCCCCGCGGAGUUGUCUUAGCCAAAGAUAUGGAGGGACACGAACUAUUUGAGCCAGUCUUUGAUAUAGACGUUGCAGGAUUCCGAGCAUAUGAUUUCUUUGGCGACGGCUCCUUCUAUCUUUUGAAUGUUCCCGGCCAUGCGAUUGGUCAUAUUUGCGGGCUUGCACGAACGACAGCAGACACCUUCGUGUUUCUGGGAGGCGACUGCUGUCACUUCACGGGGGUAUUUCGCCCUUCUCCGUACGCACCACUGCCAAUACACAUUCCUGCAGGAGUGUUGGAUGAGUUUUAUCCAACUCCAUGCCCUUGCUCCGUAUUCGAGGCGAGCCACGCGGUAGUCAGCAGGGGGCAUGACAAGACGGGGCUCGACCACCUUGAGCGAGCAACUGCCACCAGGACGACGCCCUUUUAUAAAAUAUCGCGAGCCAAGGGGAGUGCUUAUACGUUUGCCGAACUAGCACAGCAGAGUGUCAAUAGGUUGCAGCCCCUCGAUGCACACCCACACGUCUUAAUCUGCCUGGCGCACGACGGCAAGCUGAUGGAGUUGUUACCAUUGUUUAACCAAGAUCCAAACAACAUUAUCAACGACUGGAAGUCAUGGGGCAUAAAGGACAGAUCAAGAUGGGAUUUCCUAAAUGAACUGCCAAAGGGCCGGGCGGAGGGCCGGAAACCCCUGUUUGAUGGCAUCUAUCGUAACCACACGAGACUACAUUGGGAUGGGGAUUCGGAUUUCGUUGAAACACCUAAGUGA